AUGCCACCGCGGCGGAGCCUUUCGGUGAAGCACAUCCGGUUCGCUGAGCGGCUGGAGAAGAUACGGUCGAGGCGGUGGGGAGGAGACAACGACGACGCGGAGGCCCAGCUGGACGACACCACGCUGUGGACGAAGACGAUCCUUCUCGGGGAGAGGUGCCGCGUCCCAAGCGGGGGCGGGGAUGGCGGCGGCGGCGACGACGCGUUGGGCUACAGGCCGAGGCAUCCCCGGUCGGUGCCGGUGACGCGGAGCAACUCCUUCGCCGGCGUCCUCGACAACCGUGGCGGUUCGUGCAGGCCUGCUGGUGCACGCUUGUAG